AUGGUCAAGCCGACGUUGAUUGUCGACACGAUCAAGCUCGCGCUUGUCGCGUUCCUUACGAUGCUCCUCAACAUGCUGCAGCCAUCGUCGUCCAAGGCGCUCGAGUCGUCCGUCGAUUCGCUCUGGGCCGACGACGAGGAGAAGGUCGUGACGACGCCGUCGAGCAAGACGCGCAAGACCAAGGCGCGUCGGGCCAAGACCAAGGUCGAGAACGAAGCCAUCGUGGACAUCCUCAAACGCCGCGCCCUCGAGACGCCCGACAAGGUUGUCUACACCUUCCUCGACGACGCCGGGAAGGAGAGCGUCAACCUCACGUUUGCGGACGUCGACCGUGCUGCCCGCCGCGUGGCCGCCACUUUGCAGCAAGAUGCAGGUUUGAAGAAGGGCGACCGCGUCAUGCUCGCGUAUCCUCCGGGCCUCGACUUUGCCAUGGGCUUUUGGGGUUGCCUCUACGCUGGACCUCCCCAAGUUUAA